AUGCUCAUUUCCCUCCUGCACCUCGUUGCCCUGGUUGUUGCUGCGGACGCGUGCGCCUUUGGCGGCUUUGACGCCACCGCCACGUUCGUCGGGUGCCCCGCCGACAUCAAGCCGCACGUUCUCUACUGCAUUGUCGACAGCCAUUGCAAGCUCCUCAAGACGUACAACGCGAGCGCCCUGCGCCUCAGCUCCAGCUUGGACCCGUCCAGCCCGGCGCGCUACCAGCUCACCGUGUCCUAUCCAAUCCAGCGUGUGGCCGACGAGCCAGGCGUCAAGAUCGACUUUCAACUGCGCGUUGAGAACGCCUCGAUUCGACAGAUCGACGACCUCUCGGCCGUCAAUAACCUCAAAACCCUGUAUAUCUACAACAACAACAACGCAGCGCUCAGCGUUGCCCACACGAAGCUGCCAAUGAGCCUCCACGAGCUGACUCUGUCUGGUGCGCAGAUCCAGGCGCUUCCGAACGCAGCGCGGUUGACGGGGCUGACCUAUCUGAAUGUCUUCAACAACAACAUCACGCGCCUCGAGCACCUUGAUCUGCGCAACGUCACGACCUUCUCUGCGGGGCUCAACCAGAUCUCAACGUUCAUCAACGUCUCUCUGGGCAGCGGCCUCACCUACUUCGACUUGACCAACAACCGAAUCACAGAUUUUGUUGUGGACCCAACGACGUACGGCGCGCUUCGGCAGGCAAGAACGUUGUCGUUGGACGUGAUUGACGUCUCCAGCACGUGCAAGUCGCCCAACAAGGUCCUUCCCCUCAGCGCCCACGCCAACGUGUGUGUGACUCCAGGCUCGAUGCUAGCGAGCUCAACAGAAAAUUCUACGGCCUUGGGUGGCGCUGCGAUCGCAGGAAUCGUUGCCGGCGCUGUCGCGCUCGUCGGGCUUUGUCUCGCUCUAUUCGUCCAGCGGCGCCGGCGUCUCAUAUCCAAGGGGGGUGCACUCGACCAGACAGAGGCGACAGACUCGGAGCAUCCCGUUUUUAGCCUUGACAGCCUUGCGCUGCUGCGACUCGACCACCAGUCGCUCGCAGCGAUCAAGUUUGUCGCAGAAGGCGCAUACGGGCAAGUAUGGCUCGGCACUUAUGAAGGAAAUCCCGUGGCGCUCAAGCGUCUACUGUCAGGAGCCACGUCCCAGUCGGCGAUUGCCACGUUCGUCGACGAGAUUCUCUUGGCCAGCAAGCUCGAGAGUCUGUACGUUGUCCAGCUCAUCGGGGCGAGCUGGCGCAUCCCCGCCGAGCUGCAGAUGGUGCUCGAGUGGAUGGACCGAGGCGACCUCCGCUCCGUCCUCGAGGCGACCGACGACACGUCGUUUCUAUGGGAUGAGAAGAUCCAGCUCAUGCUCUCGGUCGCGGAGGGCCUUGUGUACCUCCACUCGAUGUUUGUGAUCCAUCGCGACCUCAAGUCGCGCAACGUCCUCCUUGAUACCGUCAAGGGCGCCAAGCUCACCGACUUUGGUGUCUCCAAGGAGAUGACGACGGAGACCAUGACCGUCGGCGUUGGCACGUACCGCUGGAUGGCGCCCGAGGUGCUCCAGGAAAACCACUACACGACGAGCGCCGACGUCUACUCGUUUGGCAUUCUCAUCUCGGAGCUCUGCACCCAUCACAUCCCGUACACGGAUAAGCAGACGGAGCGAGGCAACCCGCUUGUCGACACGGCGAUCAUCAACCGCGUGAUCCAAGGCACGCUCCAGCCCACGUUUGGCGCCUCCAGUCCCACGUGGGUCGUUGAGCUCGCAAACGACUGCAUCGCGUUAACUGCCGACGACCGACCGACUGCGAUCCAAGUCGCCCACCGAAUUCGUAAAAAAACAGGGAAUAAAUCUUGCUCGUGCAAGGGUAUGGACCGAUUAAGACCUCAACUAAUGUUGAUUGACGUCAUUACCAUUCCCAAGGGAAUGAAACCUUGA